GCGAAGUCAGCGAUGCGCGACCCACGUCACGGCCACACUCAGUCACCGCGCGUCUAGUAGCCUCCGCCGCACACGGGCGGCGCCUCCACCAGCCGGGCCACCACCUCCGCCACGGGACGAUGAGAUCGCUGCCGUGCGCUGGGCCCAUCGUGGCCAGCGACCCAGCGCGCCGGGAGGUCGCGGCGGGCCGGACUCAGUGGCUGGCGGGGGCUCUGGCGCUGCGCUUUGGCUUGGACCGAGGCGUGGAGAACGAGGUGGCCGUGCUCUCCACGGGACUGGACCAGUACCUGCAGGAGACCUUCCACCACCUGGACUACCGCGGCCGGGGCACGGUGGAGGCGCAGGACUUCAGGGCACUAUGCGAGCUGCUCGGGGUCGGUGGUGCGCGCGGGAUGAAGGCCGAGAAACAGCAGCAGCAGCAGGAGCAGCACGAGGUGCGUGAUGGAGAUGCCGAAGGGAAGGAGCGGGGGGAGCAGGAUGGAGAUGCCGAGGAGAAGACGAAAGAGGAAGAGGAGGAGGAGGCGCGAGGGGUCUUGGAGGAGCUGCCCGAUGAAGUGUCCUUCGAGGAGUUCCACGCGCGCCUCUGCGGCUUCUUUAGCGAGAAGGGGGGCACGCUGCGGGAUUGGGGGUGCUUCACUCUUGCGCCCGCAGGAGAAGAGCGCGUGCACGUGGAGGCGCGCGUGACCAGAACCGGACCGCUGCGACGCAGGAUGACCACCACCACCACCGCCGGCAUCACCAGCAGCAGCACCCCCACCUUGAGCAUGGGCACCAGCGCGAGUAGCAGCAGCAGCAGCAACAGGCGCAUCAACGGUAGCAGCAGCAGCAGCAGCAAGGUUGUGUCCUUCGACCUCGAGAACAGCGGGAGAUUUGCAAAAGCGCGCACCUUCCCUGCUCCGCACCGCGCCACGAACUCCUCCUUCGCCUCCUCCUCCGCGUUCUCCUCCUCCGCGUUCUCCUCGCCGUCCAAUUGUGACGGAGGCCGCUGCUGCGAGCUCGUGGUGUCGCUGGAGGAGUUGGAGGACGAGGCAGAGGCGCUGCGCGACGAGAACGAGGCGCUCCGGGAGAUCGCAGAGGGGAUGCGCUGCGCCCUCCAGCGCUCGGACGCGCGCUGCCUGGCGCUGCACGUGGCGCUGGCGCGGAGCCACGGCGCGCACGACGGCUGCUUUCUAGCGCGGCGGCACGCCGAGGGCGAGAGCCUGGCAGCCGGCAACGGGACGAGCGAGGAGGCUCCGAUGGGUGCCACGGCGAGGUGGCCCGAGAGGAGCAUGGUCCUGAGGGAGCUGGAGCUCUUGCGGGGCUCCAGGGACCGCCAAGUGGCCGAGGCCGCGAGAUUCUGCCGGGCCCUGGAGUCGGAGCUGCGCGCCGCUCGCGUUGCGAUGAGCCGCGUGCAGGAGAGGCACUGCGCUCAGCUGGCCAGGCUGCAGCAGGAGGCGGCGGUGGCCCACGGCCGCUGGGCGCGCGAGCGGGCCGAGACGCUGCGACGGGCCGAGGAGGCGCGCCGCCACCUACUAGCGGCGCUGGCGCUGCCCGGGGGCGAGCGGAGGGCACCCGUGGGCUCCGCGGGCUCCGCGGGCAGCAGCGAGUGGAGGAGCGGCGGCGGCGGUGGCGGGCAGCGGCGACGGGAGGGGGUCGUCGGUGCCAGGCCCACGAGCGGGAGCAGCAGCGAGGUGGACGUGGACGGGAGGACGGACGAUGAUGUCACCUCGUCCGAGUGCUCGUUAAGCUGCCCGUCCUCAGUGGGAGUUGGAGAGGACAGGAUGUCUCGCGCGGUGGAAGGGAGAGCAUCCUCCGACGAGGAGGAAGGGGACCCUGGCUCUGGUGCCCGGAGAAAACCCCUGUGCUGCUGCGGGAAGGGGUGCGACGGUGCGAUGCCCCGGCUCACCGGAACGGAGGACGGCUCGGCAGCGGGGUCGGCACAGGGCUCGUCACGGUCCGAGCUCCGGGAAAGAUUGGGGAAGCUCCGCAACGAUUUGGCGGACAAAGAGAGCGAAUUAAAGGAUCUGGCUCGGGAGGCGAGCGAUCGCGAGGGGACGAGCGUGGCCGAGGAGUCUCCCGCGUGGCACGGGGACGAGAGCCGCGCGGCGGCGGCACCGGCGGCACCGGCGGCACCAGCGUCGUCGUCCCGCGAGAGCGCGGAGAGGCUGCUCGCCGAGCUGCAGCUGGUGGAGGCGGAGAGGGUGCGGCUCUCGCUGGUGGAGGAGACGCUCGUCGACGUCGUGACGCUGCUGCGCCAGCUGCGAUCUCGGAAUAUUUCAAACCGAGUACUCGGGCGGACCCUGCUGGAUUGUCUGGACUCCUGCAAAGACUCUCAGCAAGGUCCCAAUCAGGCACUGGAGAUUCUGAACCGGUUCGGGCUCGAGCUGCAGUCACGUGACCUUCUCACGGGCAUGCCGAUCGACGUCCACUGCCAACCCUCGUCCACAGCCAUCGCGAGAUCGUGCUGAGACUGGUGGUGUCACUUGCGGGUGUGCAGGCUUUGCAAUUGCACCCGGCUCCGCUGGCCGGAGGGGUCAAAUCCACCAAGGCUACGAAGAAGGGUGGGACGAAUUGGAUGACAGGGCAGGGCCCCCAAUUUUCAUUUCUCACACCACAGGACCCAUGCCAACCAUUGCUGCGCCACUGGCUGAGGAGACUCGUACCUAUCAAAGUGGCAAGGACCCUUUGUCACCGCUGAGGGAGAGUGGCCGGUUCGUUUCCUGAAGCGUGCGUCGUCAGAGGCAUGCCGAGUGGCUCAGGGUUGAGAGCGAUGAGUCCAAAGCCAGGUAUCAGAUGCCUGUGAAUAAACCGGGUUCUUAAGUGUAGGGAGUUGAUGGUCUCAGCCCGGCCACCAAUAAUUGCACUUUUUCUUUACAUUAAUAUUGGUUCUGUGCAUAAUUUGGCGAAAUUCUAGUUCUGCAAUAAAACAAAAUGGUUGAACUGUCAUAUCACAAGCAUUACUGUCAAGGGCAGAGUAGGUGGGGAAGUUUUGCUCCCUUCUGUGCUGGCCAGAGGCCACUUAAUAGCACCUCAGAGGGAGCUCUGUGAUAUCCGCUUCCGUGGGCUAUUUCCAAUCGGAAGGGCUGAGUUGCUCUGCUACAAAUCUGAACAAAUGCUCCGUGGAUUAGAGGUAAUCCUAGGGCACCUCAAAGGUGGCUCUGUGAUAUCCGAGCACGGCAACCGUCGCACUGCGCUUGCCAGAGAUCCGAUCACAUCAGCAACGGGGUAAAACAACUAUUGCGACAACGGUAACAAAAAUUCACCCCGUAAAAAAAAACCGCACGCCCCUUCCGUAAACAACACGCCUCAACUCCGGCACCGCUCCGCCCCGAAUCCUCCGCACAAGCGGCCGCGAUGCCCCGCAUGAAUAAAACAUUGCGUCUGCAUUUCAAUUUCACCGAGUGCCUAAUUUUCCCCGUGGCAGUAGUUGCCGGCGGCGGCGCCGUGAUCAAUAUUUGAUAGAAACUCUUUGUCCUUGCAGCUGCAGGCGCAGCCGCUGGCGCUGCCACUGCCGCCCUGCUCCGUGGCAAACGUGCGCCACGUGAAUAAUUAACUCGCGGAAGCUCUUUGGGGGCUUGUGGAAGAAUCCCGCGUCCCGCAGUCGGUUUUCGUAGUUUUUCGUGGUCGCGCCGUGUGGGCCCUCCGCUGCGUCUUCGGGUCGCGCCGCGCGUCUGUUGUUUGGCAACGCAACGCACGUCACAGAGCGGCGACCUCUUGAGAUGUCUUCAAGUGGCUUAGGUGCCGGUAGUUUUCGGGCCACGCUACCGCCGGGACUAAUGCUCAUCGUGCACCGGUCAGACCGAUACUUUUACAUUCUGGAGAGUUGUAGCCGAAUUAAGUGGACAACCGAAUUGAAUGCGUUUUCUGUUGUUGUCAUUAGAAACCAGACAAAGAUCAUCAAUUGUAUUUAUAAUUAUAUUGUGACGUACACUAUACGAUUAUUUAUUAUAUAGUAUUAACUAUACAAGGGUUCGUUUGAGGGUUUGUUCGUUGGUUCAAGGGUCGGCCAGAGAUACGUUCAGUGAGCGUGAGAGACGGAUUGAAGGUCAGCCACAGUCUUGUUGGUGGGUUCAUGGGUCAGACCAAAUGUACGUAGGUUCAAGGUUAAGCUUGAGGGCCGGUUUCAGGGUAACUUUGAGAACCAGAUUUAAUCACAGGUAGGUGCCUAGAAUCGUAUGCAGGAUCACUGCGGUUACAACUCACAACUCUCACCUGUCGGCCAUCCGGUCACAUCGAAAGUUAUACGUUUUUAAAACGUGUGACCGGGUCAGGUGUGGCUCACUGUUUGAAGACAUUCGACAGAUUUUCUCUAGGUCAAUUGGUCAAUUAAGCCUUUUAUUUAAACCGGCAGAGAGAGAGAGAGAAAGUCCAUUGGGGUGCAACGUGGGCGAAUGUUCCCUUUGGGCUCCGCUGGAAGUCUUGACAUGCGCUCAAGUAUAUUCACCGUUUGGGAUCGUCCCAUGGGAUCGUUAAAAUGUUACAAUGGAGUUACAGAUGCGCUUCCCAAGGAAUCGCCCGACCGAGAAGGAGAAACUGUAAAUAUGUUGAAUUUCUUUCACACCGUACGUAGCCAAUCGUCAUAAUCGCAGGUGCGGGGGAAGGACAACAAACUAAACACAAACAGCAGUUCUAAAGAAACAAUCCUGACCUGAACCACAUACAGAUGAUGGUGACUUCUCGUGAUUCUGAUUGAAAGGCUGAAACACAUCACGGGAUUAGCCCGAGUGAGUGAAUGAGUGGCUUAGAAACGCCCUGAUGUACGCCACCAUUAAAUCAUACAUCUUCCGAAAAAAUAAUCUAAACAUACACGUUUUAAAAUGUAAACACGAAGAUCGUCAUCAGUCAGUGUCUAUCCACUGCUGAAUCAAAGUAGUUCGUUGUCGUCACCCCUGUGAUGCCGACAUCCAUUUCACUCCUGCAGCAGCUUCUGAUCACUCGUCACUCCAUCUCCGUGUCGGUGGGCCUCUUGGGUGCGUCUUCUUAGACAUUGGACGCAGUUCCGUCUCCAGUCUCAUCCAUUGUCUCGUCCAAGCAAACUUACUUUCCUCCACAGUCAAUAAUACGAUGUCUCGAAUUCCCAUUUGCUCCUCUACGCAUCAGCGUUCCGUCUCGUCUCUCGGCGAAAUUCCACGCGUUCACCUCGCCGUGCCGUCUCUCUGCGCACUCUUCAGCUCUUGUUUCAGUUUUCUUUGCCAUCGUCCGUUGUUUUUUCUGGGAACCGCGUGUCAUAUCUGGCAUGGUGCACUGAUUGCAAACGAUAGUUUUCGGACAUAACGGCACGCUACUUUUCAUUACUGUGAUUAAACACAACAAACGUGCACAUUUGAUGUGAUUAAGCUAUUUUUAUAAUGCACGAACGUUUAAAAAAUGAUUACACCCCCCACCACGAUCGCAUUAAAUGUAGUUGUUUGCUUAAUUGGCUAAACUCCAGCAAAAAAAAUAACUAUACAGGAUGUAUAUAUAGAUCAGUUUGAAUGCCGUGUGUUGCAGAUUUCUCUGGAGCUGAACGUGUUGGAACAGGUGGCUAAAACAAGUAACUCGAAGGGUUCGCAAAAGCAUUUCUAUGAUAUCUGCUCGUGCGGGCCAUUCUUUAAUAAUACGAGUAAAAAAUAUAUAUAUAUUUAUAAGGCGCACGUUUUCACGAGAAGGAAGGUCAAUUUCCAGUCGCGACUCAUCGAGGCUACACAGAGCUCCGGCUCUCACAGGGUUCCUUAUGGGCCCCACAUAAACACGGCACUGGAUCGGAGGCUGCUGCUGCUGCGUACGUUGUAUAGGGGAUGCGAUGGAGCAGCCAGGGAGAGACGGCGCUUCUGCCAGGAGCGUCUUGGAGUCGUGGGACAGCGAGCGAGCUGAGGGGCAACAUCUGUGUUGAGGAGGACGGCCAGAUAAUGUGGACGGCCAUGGAUUGGACUCCGAAUAUUUAUUUAUACUGGAGAAAUCCGAUGAGCCGUAAAGCUCUUUUUCAAAACUGUCCAGGAGGGCGGGUAAGAACGUUCCAACACCCAACAACACAAAGGUAGGAUAGGAGUGCAAAGUACAAGAAAGGUAAACACAUUUCCCAAACAAAAACAAAUACAACACUGAACCAUCCCCAUCCUACCAGACAAAGCCCAUGCAGGUCUUGACUUAUUUUUGAAAAGCGGCCUGGCCACAAUUGAUAGCCCAACAAAGUGGCUUACCAUUUGGACGUUUAAAGCGGCGCAAUAAUUUAAAUAGUCUAAACGAAUGUUUCUAAACGUGGAGCGAAAACCGGAGGACCCGGUCGGAAAUCAAACAUAACCAGAAGGGUAAUUUUUGUCGAAUUCGUAAAAAGAAAACCUAAAUAUUUCACUGUGUGGUGAAUACGAGACGUCCCUGAAUAAAUAACGAGUCACGAAGCAGUCGUCAAAGAGCCGCAUGCGGCUCCGGAGCCGUAGGUUGCCCACCCCCUGGAUUAGUGUUUUACUAAGUGAUUAGUGUUUUACUAAGUGAUUAGUGUUCCGCGAAGGAUAAACACGAAGUGAAACACCGCCCUGGUGAGUGUUCUGAUUCUACAUUCCGUCUCGUGACCAUGGCAUUUGACAGCACAAUUGGAAUUCAAUUGGGGGGGAUAAGACAAAAGGUAAAAGUGAUAAACAAAAUAACAACAAAUCUACGGGCAGAGAGAUGAAGCCGCAGAGAUGGUUUCGAUGCCGGAUUUACGCGGAUGGGGGUGCGCGUGGCUGUCAGUCGACAAUGGGUUGCCCCGCAUGCCGUCAGCGUGUCCCGACGCAAUAUGCCCGCAGCACUCCACGGCUCUCCCGGCACUUUUUGCUCUGCGUUUUGUCCGUGGUCAUUGCUUCACGCACGAGGCACGACAACAACGGAAACAACAACAGCAGCAGAAGCAGCAACAAUAGCGGAAACAACUACGAAAACACCAUUGACAGCAGCUGUCACGUGCCACGAAUUGGCGGUCACAUGAACCCGAGUGCUUGUGUCCGGCUAGGUGCACGGUGAGGCCACGUGAAGUGUCGAAGGCUCGCUGGCGGGAGGUGUGGAGGGGGUUUAACCGAGGUGACUGGCAGAGAAUUGCACCACGUGAGGAGCCCAACGUGCAUUGCCGGAUGAUCCUAGCAGCAAAAGUAGAUACACAUGCUACGGGACCCGCACUUUCAAGGGCCCCACGCUAAAUGCUUUCAAGCUAUCAAUUCCGGUUCAGUGAUUCUGCACUUGCUCUAUUACUAUAGUACCACACUGCCUUCAACGUUGAUGAACGACUGGGUGUUUAAGGAUAGCGAUUUGUCGUACUAUUUGGCUGUAUAGCAAAUGAAAAAUGCAAUUACUUUACUAUGCAAGUAAAACAAUUGUGUUUCGAUAUUUACGUAUUUUUUUUUAUUUCGGGCCUCUUUAUGACAUAUCAGUUCAGUUCAUAUGCUACAGGCCUCGCACUAGCUUAGUCCGGCACUGCCACCGUGGCGAUUUGCUGCGUAUUCUGGCCGGCCUUUGUUGCCACUCGCCGUUGCAAGCGUCGCUCCUCCGCCCUCGGCUAAUGGAGAAGCAAGCGACUGACUGCCUUAAACACUCACUUACCACUUCAUGGGCAAAUCCGUUCAGCUCCACGUGAAGUUUGCCGGUCUCUCUCGAGUCCGUGCCCUACCCGUUUAGACCCCACUUUUGGGCCAGCAUGAAAAAUGUCUUAAUUUAUGAAUAUGGAGUAAAGAGGCAGAUACCACUGACGCUAUAUAUAUGUGGAACAAAUAUGAAUGUAAUUGCUUUAUUGUAACGGUCGUUGUUUUACCUUGCAUAUGCUAUGCUUGAGCUAUUUGUGUAAUACCAUGUAAUGACGAUUGAUAAUGUUUAUCUCUUGCAAGAAUUCUAUUCUAUGAAAAUAUAUUGCUUUCAUUUGAGUAAUUAAUAUAAACACAUACACAGGUAUGAUACACAAACACACAAAGGACCACACAGAGAUGUUUAUAACAGAGAUACACAUUUAAAUAUGCACUGAAUGUGCAUAUGUGCACAGAGACAAAUAUCCCCCGUAUAGCCUUAACAGACCGUUUGGGCAAGUGCUGUCAGCGAGGACCUAUUAAGGCACACAUGGCACGUGUAGUGGUGGCAUGGUCAGAAACACGCCUAGCAACCUUUGUCUUCCCACUGCUGAUCUUUACCAAUCGCCCCAAGGUGAAGAGGCCCGGCACCGCUUCAGCUGUCACUCACCACAGGCGUCAGUCGUGGCCGGGAAUCGAACCCAGGUGGCCAGUGCGUUCAACGCUACAAAGACAAAGACCCCCCGUAUAGCCUUAACAUCCAUUGGAACAAGUGCUGUUAGCGAGUAGCACCUAUGAAUGUCGGAACGGCACACGAGCGGGUGGGUGACACAGCACCACGCCCGAUCGCGUUUGUCUCUCCAGUGGCGAUGUUUACGCACAGCACCAGGUACAUAAUUAAGGCUGAGUUGACCUAGGGGAGGCCUGGGACCGAUUCAGAUAAUUGU